AUGGAUCCCCUUUCGUCCGAAGUGCCCAAAACGCUGAAGACGCCAGCGUUCACCCCAAAAGGGAACAAUGAAAGACGGUUGCCUACGGAGCUACAGCACCAUCUUUGUUUCAUUUGUGGCACGUUGUUUCGUGAACGGCAUGAAUAUCAAAAGCAUCUGAUCAGCCAUCAGUCGUUCGCCCUAGUCUAUCAGAUCUAUAAUUUUGACAAGACUGAAAGUGAAAAGAAGGCUAAUGAGAAGGCAAAGAAGCCGGAGCAAAAGCCUGGACGAAUCGGACAUGCAUUUUCGGAUGACUAUCCCAAGUAUAAAGGAUCUUCAUCUCUCCGUCAAUCGGAGGAACUAGAGAGGGAGAUGAGAUAUCGAGCCAAAGGCCGUUCGCGAACAGUGGAUAAGCUGGAGAAGACACAUCGUGAAGAGCGUAAACAGUACUUGCGUGAGAAAGAGCGAGAGGAGGAGCUACUUGCUGAAAGAGAGCGUCAGCGGAAAAUCGAGGCUGCACGAAAACGAAGGGAGGCGAGGAAAAGGAAAUUGGAUGAGCAUACAGCAAUGGCAGCUAUGAGGGAUCAAGCGAUUCCUAUAGCGAAACGAAAACCGCCAACCAGGGAUAAAGGUUUCGGUGCCGAUUCAACUCCCCUUGUAUCGCCGAGUGCAGUAGAUGAGCCAUGCUCAUCGUCACCACCUCGACCUCCUCCACCACCAAGACCAGUGCUACCGAGAGAAACCGCUUCUGGAUUCUCUAUCGGUCCACUGAUAAAUGAAAAAUGCCCCUAUUGCGUUACGGUUGAGACGUUCGAGCAUCCCGUAGAUGCCAUAGAACAUAUCGUCGAUCAUGGUGGUCCAGCAGAAUAUUUGGUGAUGUGA